AUGAAACUCCUUCCCCUCAUCAGCCUUGCUCUUUCCUUGAACACGUUCACCGUCAACGCGCUUGCCUCUUCCGUUGUCCGAGCUCGAUCCCUUGCGACGGUCGACGAAGCCACCAAGCGUGAGCUAUUGAAUCUGCUUCCCCGUGAUCCUCUUCCUCCCGGUCAAAGCGCCAUUAUUCUGUGCGACGGAACCUCCCGCACUGGUAAUUGUUAUGCCUACGAAGCCGCAGUAGGGACUUGUAACGCCGUCCCAGACCAUUUCCAAACCAAUCUCUUCUCGUCUUUCGCCAAUCAAGGGGACGUUUGCUUCCUGUACACCACGGACUCGUGCACCGCCAACAAUUGCGAAGCUUGCGUCGACUAUGAUGGCUGGAAUGACAUGACGAGCUCGCAGAUAGUAACGGAUGCUCGGACGCAAACUGCGUUCAUAAUGUCUGGGUGUGUUGAAUCCGGAAGUUCACCAACUACAAAAGUCUCCUGGUAUGUAAUAAUGUAG